AUGGCAAGCGACGGCGAACUGGUUGCUGGCCCUGCAAAGUAUGGCAUCAGGUUGCUCUGGCGCGAAGAAGCCUUCUCUAGAGGUAUAGCUUUCGGUCGAUCAGGCUUGUGGUCCAAAGAAGGGGGUAUAUCGAAUCAGAGGCAGCAUGAAGGCAACUUCAAACCUGACUGGCCUUUAGGACCGCAGAAUGGACGAGUUGGUGGCUUGGCUCUGCCGACCCACGAAUGGAUGUUCUUGAACACCACGUGCCAGGACUUCAAACAAAAGCUAGAUGAAGGUGGCGUUCGGGGUGAUUCAACGUUGGACGAGGCGUCAGAUUACUCGCAAUCCAGCCCGUCGCCAGCCGUUGCGGCAUUCGCUUCUCCCAGUAUCCAGAAAGGACAUUGCUCGGAACCUGAAGAUCCCCUGGCCACAACUACUCAGAGACUGCCUAGAAGUAAUCAGUGCUUGGGUGAUGUCCGAGAUGUCAGCAUUUUCGAAGAGAAUGGCUUCGACACGUCGCCGCUGAUACCGACGAACCAGGCCCAGGUAGCAACAUGGGGUAGCCCGACAUCCAGCUGGCCCAUCGUUCGAAACCCACCUCCUCUCACUCUAGGAGACAACGAGAUGUAUUUGCUCGACUAUUUUACCUAUGGAGUCAGCCCCCGAUGUACAACCUGGUCUGCAGACAAUCCCUUUGCAAGAACCAUGCUCCCUAUUUGCAUGUCCGGUCUAAACAAGCCGCUCUUCAACAUGGUCAUGGCGGUCGCAUCGCAUCAGCUCUCGCUACUCAACGACACCCGCUUCAGGAAAGAUAUCUGGAUUUACAGGGGGAAGGCACUCCGCGCAUUUCAGGCCGAGAUGGGUCGGCUUCAGAGCAGGCGAGAGUCCUCGGUGGACUGGGAGCAGGUCAUCUCCACGCUCGUGAUGCUUACCUUUUUUGAUAUCUCCCAUGAUAGUGCCUCUGCAUGGCGUGUACACCUUCGCUGCGCUCGCAACCUUUCGAGUCGGUUACCCAUCCAAGCACACUUGUCAGCCGGUCAGAAGGAACUGUACAGGUUCUUCUUUGCCUACUUUGCUCAGCACGAGGCUUUGUCGCGUACGACCUCGGCCCUAUCUGACCCUCAUGAUGGCCAGCCAAUGCAAUGGUUCCCACCUGAGCUUGACAUUGAUAUGACCAUCAUCGAUUCGCUACUGGGGUGCUCGCACGAGCUGAUAUACUUGAUCUCGAGUAUUUCGGAUCUUGCCACGGGAAAGCAAUCUCAAACUUAUGGUUCUCGCGACCAAUUAUUGGAGGCUGCAGACGACGUUAAACAAGAACACCCGGCAACCCCCAAGGAACACCGCGACAGCAUCGAAAGGAAGCUCCACGGUCUGAUACAACAUCUUCCGCCUGAAAAAUCAGAUCUACCAGGCUAUGCUACUCGCGGCUCGAGCACCAUGGAGGAGCUAGCCUACAUUGCCGAGACUCGCCGUCUAUCUGCCCUGAUCUAUCUCUAUUUUAGGGUCGAUAGGUUAUGUCCCGGCCACUCCCCAAUCAGUCGCAUAACGGGACAGAUCCUUGCCCUCAUCCCCAAAAUAUCUCUUCGAUCUCAUGCCCUACUCUGGACACUUUUCAUCGUAGGCACGAUGGGUAUCGGUCAAGGUGAUGGCGAUUCAGCCAGGAAGUUUAUUCUCGAGAGAUUGGUCAGUCUACAGCGUACUCGCGAGCUAGAAAAUGUCAGAAUAGCGAGAGAGGUUGUAGAGGCAGUCUGGAAGAUCAGGGACUUGAGAGGACCAGAACAUGUCGGCGGCUGGAGAGAUAUUGUUGAUGCUGGAGGUGAGGGUUUGAGCUUGUGCUAA